AUGACGGACUCGGAAAGAUUAGUAUACUCUCUCUCGACGAUACUUCAUGAUUUGCCAGCAUCCAUUGAAAUUCUUCCGGGUGGAAUCGAAGAAUGGCCAUCGAAUAGCCCAGACGGAAACAAAUCUCCAUUCCUUCUAUUUGAAGGCCACCUAGGCGUUCCGCACAAGACACUAUAUAAACUAUAUCUUGUGGCCAAUACCAUGUUCACCACAGCUCGCCGGCAGGUCCAAGAUCAUGGUGCUUUGAUCGCGUCUUCUAUCGUCAUCCUGCUCCUCAAUAGUGCCCACCAGACGGCGUUAAAUGCACGUAAACGACUUAUUAUAUUGGGCAAACUCGAUGCCAACAAGGAGCUUGUGCUGACAGGCACCAUGAUUUCGGGCAACCGUGAAUGCGCCAAGCAGUCCAUGAUUUGGGCCCAUCGUCGUUGGAUAUUUGAGCAACUCUAUCCUCCAAAUCCGCCCUCUCUUCCCCAUGCUCAGUUGCCGCUUGCCCUUGUUCGCAAUGAACUUCGGAUUCUUGCGCAAAGUUGUGAAUUGUAUCCCAGGAACUACUAUGCGUGGAUUCAUCGGAGUUACUGCAUGCAAAGUAUCAUGGAUUUAGUGAUUGCCACCCCUUCUCCUGCUGCAGAAGCCAUCCUUGAGGAAGAAUAUUUGUCUCUUCUUCGUUGGAUUGAUCUUCAUGUGUCCGAUUACUCUGCAAUGCACUACCUGUGUCUCCUCGUGCAGCGUUUCAGUAUACUUCAGUUCAGCACACCCCGCCUUCAAUCAAUCAAUCCUAUUUCACUUUUCGAUCACGCAAUGUCCUUGCUCUCAUCAUAUCCCAAACAUGAGGCAUUAUGGAUGUAUGUUCGGACCAUAAUAGCAUCCGUGGUAUUAGUAGACAGAGCGGCUAUGAUUGCGCGUGUCAAGUCGAGCAGCGAGGGUGGUGGAACCUACGCCCUUCAGCUUCUUGCUUUCAUACAGAGCCUGUCGACGGACUGA